UUGAAGUGUGUUGAAAAUUAAAAUGAAUGGGUAGCAUAGGGUAAUGAAAUAUAGUAAUAUAAAUGUUGUCGAUUGCAGAAGUUUGUGCCACUGUGUAGGGUUGGUUAACUGAUCACCAGUGUAGGAAAUGCUAAGCUUGCAACACUGACAUGUCCGCUGAUAGCUGGCAGCUGCCGGGUGUCAUGCGAGACUAUCACACAGAUGUGUAUCAGUUUCUGGUAUUUAGUUGUGAGGUCUGGUUUCAAGUUCAUUGUUUGUUAUCAUGCCUGGGGUGUCAACUUUCUGAUGAGAAACAAAGACUGAACAUUGCGAGUGUAAGUCACAGUUGAGAGUGAGGCGUAACAAGUGGCUGUUUGCACAUCACAAUCUCGGGUGCAGUUGAGGCCGUGUGAUGUCGACUAGCCGUCAAUAAAACCAACUAGAUGUUGAGACGCUUUGCAGCAAAUGUUGUCUCCUUAUAUUGCAGGAGAGCAGCUCAUUUACUGGAAAAGUGAAUUUGACUUGGAGGAACAUGGAGGUAGAAGACUUCAGUAAAAAUUUUGAACUAGAAACCGAAAUUCUAUUGGACAAUAUUCUGAAGAUCAUAAAAUGCAUUCAAAUAAGCAAAACUGCAGAGGAUGCUGUUGAAAACUUUAAGGCGUUUUGUGUCACCUUAAAAAAACUGGUUCAGAAGGUUGAAGUGUGUCUCAAGGGACUUUUCACAGGAAAUAGAAGGAAAAGAGCCCAACUUUGUAUAAGCCAGAUAUUCAAAUGUCUUCCGAUACUCUCGGUGGCACUCCAAGACUGUCAAGAAUACAAUCCAGUGGAGUCGAAGACGUACGUGCUGAAGAGGCUGGAGGCGAGCUUCUCGGAGCUGAGGAGCCUGCUGGCGGGCGGCACGGACCCGGGCGCCGACGCGGAGGGCGAAGGGGGCAGGUUCGUGCGCACCAUGAACGCAGCGCUGCAGGUCGUCUCGUGCCUGGAGAGUCACGCCGACACGCCGGCGCUGGACUACGCCGUGCAGUGCGUGUCCGUGGCGGUGCAGGACGUGCUCUCCCGGGCCAUCUACAUCUCGCAGGUCUCCUGCCACGCCCGCAAGGACGAGUUCCAGGCGGCGUGCGCGAAGGUGUCCCGGAGGCUGCAGGACCUGAGUGCCGAGUGCUCGUCGCAGAGGCGGAGCCACACUGCCGUCCGCUUCUCGGGGGAGGCCCUGCGUGCGGCCUUGGAGGACCUGGAGCACCUCGUCAACAAGACCCUGCUGCACCUCUUCCUCGAGGUGUUUAGCGAUCCCUUUGACGUGCUCUGGCGACUGGUGGAGGCGUGCGUGAGCUCGCCUCUGCCGGUGGGCUACAGGAAGAGCUCCGACCUGCUGGUGCUGGAACUGGACCGCCACAUGGAGCGCAUGAUCGUGCUGGGCCAGUUCGCAGUCGCGUGCUCCGAGAACCCUAGACGCGUGCUGGGCAUGCGCUCGUGCGUGGCCAGCCUGGAGUCCCUGGACACGGAGAUGGUAGCCGCCCUCACCCUGAUGUACAUGCAGCCCAGGAGCCGGCGCCACCGGCGCCACCUGGACCUGCUGAUGCGGCACUACAAGGACGAGGUGGUGUGCCUGCGCGGGCUGCUGGACACGGUCGUCGACCCCGCCACCUUCUGCAGCGUGGUGGAGUCGGACAUCAGGAGACUGGUGAAGAGGUUCAAGAGGGGCCAGGCGGGGCCCGUCGCGGGCCUGCGAGGCGUCGCGGAGGAGAUGGUGAGGAAGACGGAGAUGUUGCUGCACCUGGUGGGCGCGGCGUUGGAGCUGGACGAGAUGCGACCGGCCGACCCCCAGACCGCUGCGUCGGUGAGGUCGCUCUGCAAGCUGGCGGGCAGAGCUUGCGGGACGUCGCAGCAAGCUGCACGGCAGCUAAGCGACGGCUCUCAGGAUGUGCACAAGGAGAGAGUGUUGAAAAGGUUGAAAAUGAUUGUAACUUACGUGGGCAGGAUGAGCCCAGUGUUGGAGGAACUGAUGAAUGAGUACCAUCUAAGUGCCGUGAAGGAGUUGGAGAAAUAUGACUCUGGUGUUACAGGUGAGAGCUCAGAUGUCUCGGGAAGCAACCAGCCCACCUGCCUGCUGCCAGGAAUUCAGUUUCCAGACACAGGGAAGGUGCCUGUUAUUGACUCUCGUAAUUUUUCCAGCUAUAGUAUACCAGAGCGGACGUGUGCUGCUCUCCUGUCCAUGGAGGACGUGGUGAUGGUGAAGCCUCAGAUGGUGUUCAGCCGCGGCCGCUACCACAGCGCGUGUGACGCGGAGGACGGCGAUGUGUUCUCCUUGGACUUCACAGGAAUUCUGGAGAAGCUGACAUACCUAGAAGAUACUUUCACUUCUGUUGCCCACGAAGCUUCUUCGACCAGCUCGGAGGCUCGAGUCGGUGACAGGUUGGAAAACGUGGAGAUGGACUCGCCGGACCAGGCUGGCAGGCCCGGCCGUCGAUCGUCGGUGAAACGAGGCGGGGGCAAGACCGCCAGGACGGUCCGCUCCAGAACUCAGCACAGAAACAUUUUGAAGUUCAUUCGCAAAAAGUACUGCAGGUUCCGGAGAACGCUACGUUGCGGGACCGGGGCGAGUGCAGUGGGGCGGUGUCGCGAGGCCGCGGAGCAGCGCCCGGUGAACGGACACGCGUGGUCGCCGCCCUCCCCCUCCCCCGUCAACGGCGUGCCGCUCUGCGCGUCGGUCAUGAACUGCUCCAUCCAGGAGGUGGGCUGCCCGCAGACCUUGAAGCACCUGUGUCGUGUGGGCAGCCUGUGUGGCCUGGAGAGCGCUCGGAGACACUGUGGCCAGGCCGUGAGCAAGCAGAGCUAAGGCUGUGAUCGUGGUUGGCUAGACUACACUCCCAGACUUUGUCCAGUGUCGUUCAUCGGGAGUGAAAUCCAUGUGCACUGCUUUAAGUUGAAUCUUGAAUGUAUCUCAAUAUUUUAGAAACAAUAUAUAAGUGGUUCAUUAAGAUAGUAUGCAUGUCGUGCAUUUUGAUGACGGUGAGAUGUUCAGAGUUGUGUGUGAAUGUUUCACUUCAGGUGGUUUAAGUUGUCCUUCUUUUUGUACUUGUUUCUUACGUCAAGCAUACAUGUUCCAUCAUCACUAAUUUGUGUUUGGUACAAGCAGGUUUAUACAUAAUCAGUUCAGUAUUUCUAAUGUUAUUUUUUGUAUAAUAUUUAUUGGAAGUACAUACAUUUAAAAGAAAA